GUCACUUAACUCAGCCACGGUCUCUUACUAAAGGAACCAGUUGCCAAUUCUGCUCCCGUGUAAGAAAACAAGAUUUUCCCAAUGGACUCUCUAGCAAAAUCUGUCAACCAAUUUGCUCUGGAGCUUAGCAAGAAGCUAGCUGAAUCUGCUGAGGGUAAAAAUAUCUUUUUUUCUCCCUGGGGCAUCUCAACCUCCUUGGCCAUGGUGUAUUUGGGCACCAAAGGCACCACGGCAGCCCAAAUGUCCCAGGUUCUUCAGUUUAGCAGAGACCAGGACAGCAAAUCUUGUCCUGACAGUUUUGAAAAGAAAAGGAAAAUGGAAUUCGAUGUAGGCAAGGCUGAAGAAAUAUGCUCUAAUUUCCAGACACUUAUCUCAGAAAUCAACAAUCCCAGCAAUGCUUGCAUACUUAAAACAGCCAACAGGAUCUAUGGGGAGAAAACGUAUCCAUUUCACAAUAAAUAUUUACAAGACAUGAAAACAUACUUUGGCUCAGAGCCACAGUCUGUGAACUUUAUGGAAGCUUCUGACCAAAUCAGAAAGGAGAUCAACUCUUGGGUUGAAAGCCAGACUGAAGGAAAAAUCCUGAAUCUCCUACCUGAUAAUGCUGUGGAUUCUGCAACCAGAAUGGUUCUGGUAAAUGCCCUUUACUUUAAAAGAAUUUGGGAACAUCAAUUCUUGGUCCAAAAUACCACAGAAAAGCCUUUCAGAAUAAACAAGACUACAAGCAAACCAGUGCAAAUGAUGUCCAUGAAAGAAAAACUUCAAGUAUUUUACAUAGAAAAGCCACGAGCCAUAGGCCUUCAACUCUUCUAUGAGAACCGUGACCUCAGCCUACUCGUACUACUGCCGGAAGACAUCAGUGGGCUGGAUCAGCUGGAAAAAGCCAUCACCUAUGAGAAGUUGAGUGAGUGGACCAGCGCUGACAUGAUGGAGGUGUGUGACGUGCAGCUGCAUCUUCCCAAGUUCAAGCUGGAAGAGACUUAUGAUCUCAAGUCAACCCUGAGCAGUAUGGGGAUGAGCGAUGCCUUUAGCCAGAGCAAAGCAGAUUUCUCAGGAAUGUCUAUGGAGAGAAACCUAUUUCUGUCCAAUGUUUUCCAUAAGUCUUUUGUGGAAAUAAAUGAACAAGGUACAGAGGCCGCAGCUGGUACUGGGAGUGAGGUGAGUUUUCGAAUUAAACUCCCCUCCGUUGAAUUCAAUGCAGACCACCCAUUCCUCUUCUUCAUCAGGCACAACAAAACGAAUAGCAUUCUAUUUUACGGGAGAUUCUGCUCCCCUUAAACCCUGCAUCUCUCUCAUCAAACAAGAGCAUCUUACAGUGUGAAAAAUACACAUAUGAUGGAAAAACACAAUUAUAAUAAAAACCAGUUUAUAGCCUGGCUCUUUUUAACAUAUAAAUAUUAGCAAAAUUAUCUUGAAAUAAUAUAUUCUAGUUAUCCUAUCAUGCCUAUAUAGCUAGAGAGAAUGGCAAAUUUAACUUUUUUUUUUGCUGACAUUCAGUUUUAUUAUUUUUUACAUCUUUAUUGGAGUAUUAAUGCUUUACAGUGUUGUGUUAGUUUCUGCUGUAUAACAAAGUGAAUCAGCUAUAUGUAUACAUAUAACCCCAUAUCUCCUCCCUCUUGCGUCUCCCUCCCACCCCUCUAGGUUGUCACAAAGCAUUGAGCUGAGCUCCCUGUGCUAUGCGGCUGCUUCCCACUAGCUAUCCAUUUUACAUUUGGUAGUGUAUAUAUGUAAAUGCUACUCCCUCACUUCGUCCCAGCUUCCCUUUCCCCGCCUGUGUCCUCAAGUCCGUUUUCUACGUUUGCGUCUUUAUUCCUGCCCUGUCACUAGGUUCAUCAGUACGUCUUUUAGAUUCCAUAUAAAUGUGUUAGUAUACGGUAUUUUUCUCUUUCCGACUUACUUCACUCUGUAUGACAGAUACUAGGUCCAUCCACCUCAUUACAAAUAAUUCAAUUUUGUUCCUUUUUAUGGCUGAGUAAUAUUCCAUUGUAUACAUAUGCCACAUCUUCUUUAGUCAUUCAUCUGUCUAUGGACAUUUAGGUUUAACACAUUUUAUCUUAAUGUGACUUUUAUUUACAUUUCAGAAAUUCGGUUAUUCAAUUGAAUGCCUUAAAAUGCUUGAACUACCUGGUCACUAUUUUCAUUGUCACUUAUUUUCACAUGCAUCAUUUAGUGAAGAAAAAAAUCUUUAUAGAGGUGAUAUAUUGAUAAACAAGAAUUUUCUCAAGACUAUUACUCUGAUGGUUCAUAAAUUACCACUGUAAAAUUAAAUCCCCCUUUCUGCUAUUUUAAAAAUACUUAUGUUGACAUUAAUGGAAAAACUAGUGAAAUCCAAUGAAAUCUAGAGUUUAGUUAAUAGUAAUGUACCAACGUUGGCUUCUUAGUUUUAAAAAAAUGUUCCACUGUAAUAUUAGAAGUUAGCAUUACAGGAAACUGUGUCAGAAGUAUAUGGGAAUUCCCUGUUUUAUCUUUGUAACUUUCCUGUGAAUUUAAAAUUAUUCCAAAAUAAAAAUUUUAUUGGAAAGAA